AUGGUGAACAUCCCAGAAGAUAUCAUGUCAGACAUAUUGCUUAGGUUGCCCGUGAAAUCGAUUGGGCGAUUCAGAUAUAGCAUCAAAACCAUAUGUUAUGAUCCAAUUUCGCUUACUGAUAAUCGUGUUGGCAUUUGGAAUCCAUCCACAAAUGAAUAUAAGAUAUUACCAGCUACACCGCUUGAGUCGUUAAAUGGCCACAAACGUUUUGAAUAUGGAUUUGGUUACGAUUACAAGAAUGAGGAUUUCAAAGUGGUGAAUCUAGUGAGUUGUGAUUCUUUUUGGGGUUAUUGGUCUGAGGUUCAGGUGUACACAUUAAGAUCAAAUUCGUGGAGAAGAAUUGGGAAAAUCCCUUAUGACGUCGUUGUGAAAAAUGGAGCCACAAAAGUUAUUAUUUCUUUUGAUUUUGAACAAGAGAUUAUCCAAGAGAUAGCAUUGCCUAUCUGGUCAGAUGAAAUAGGCGAAACAAAUCUUUGUGUGUUAGGAGGGUCUCUUUUCUUAUUAGGUAAUAAUGAUGAAGUUUGCGAGUUGUGGGAGUUUAAGAACUACGAAACAGAAGACUCUUGGGUUAAACUUUUCACCAUUCACCCAGAACAGAUUUUUGUAUUCGAUGCGUAUUUGAUUCCGUUACAAAAAUUAGAGAAUGGUCACAUUCUACUCGGAAUUCAUAAUGUUCAUCCUGGUUUUCAUUUGAUUUUGUACGACCCAGAACAUGAAAAAUUUACUAUUAAGUUUUACGAGGAUGUAGACUGUCACUAUCAUUGCACAUCUAUCUAUCUGGAGAGCCUGGUUUCCCUAAACUCGGGUACUUAUAUAUCCGCGGCAGCAACAAAAGAAAGUAAUGAAAGAAGACUACGAUCGCUAUACCAAGAAAAGCUAGAAAUGUUAGACAUGAAAGAAGACGACUAUAUCAGCAGUGAUGACGAUGCUGAAAACAAUGAAGAUAAAGUGCAAGACGUUAUCGAUACUCUUGAUAGAAGAAUACGACGGCUACACCAAUUAUGGCUAGAAAUGCAAGACAUGAGAAAAGAUGACUAUCUCUGUAGAGAUGAUGAUGCUGAAAACAAUGAAGAGAAAGUGCAAGACAAAACUUCAGACAAUGAUGAAACGGAGUAA